AUGUCCCCACUGCCACCCCCAGCCCGUGGGCCACGCUUUCCCGCUGAGCUGCCCGGCCCUGGGGGUGGGGGUCCGGAGGGCGGGAAAGCUCAAGUGCGCCCGCAGCACCGACUCCCAUCCCCCAUCCCGCCCCGCCCCGCCCCCGGCAGCGUUCAGAUGGCGCCUCUAGGAGGCUCCGCGAGGGCAGCAGGGCCACGACCUGGACCCGCCCCCCUCCAGGGGCCGGCCGCGGAGGCUGAGAUCCGCAAGAUUGGGGUCUCCGAGAGGCUGCCGGCUGCCCAGUCACCUGUCUUCACCUGCGCCUUGGACCCGCCCCCGCAUGGCCACUGGCCUGGAGUGCAGAGGCUGGCUGACCGCCGACAGACUGCAGGGAGGGCGGGCAGUAAAGACAGCAGCGCCCCACGGCUGGAGCUGCCGAGGCUAGAUCGUGGCCGCGACAGCAACUCCCUGUGGAAGUCCCCGAAGAAGCACCCUUCCAUCUUGGCACCCCUGCUGCAGUGGGUCGGGACUGAGGUGAGAGCGUGCCAACUAGGGGUGGCUGCACUCAGCUCCUCCUCUCGUACUCUGGAACCCGUGGGAGCCCGGCCCUCCCUCCGCCUCUCUCCUCCUCAGAUCCUCACUCCUUCCUUGCUGUGCCUGGCUCGGGGCUGCCGGGACGCCUGGGUCCUCGGGCUGGUCAGGAGGGGCAGAGUGGGAAGCAGCCUUCGCCAUGGUGCCCGCCGGAGGCUUCUAUGCAGUGAAGAAGAGGAAGAAGCCGGUGCCAAAGAGGUGGGUACUCGGAACGAGGGAGUGGGCGGCUACCUACGCUUACGCCGCCGCCACCCACUCGGGGCUAGCCUGCCUUGCGCCGGAGCUCAGCGUGGCGGGGAGGCUACCUCGGGGUUUCUUCCGAGCGUGGCAGCCUCCUGUGCGGCUGAGGAUGGAGCAGGACAUCUAGGAGGGAGAUUCAGCGGGGAGGCUCAGCGAUCGGGAAGUCGUCAUUUAGUGGAUGGGGAAGCCCCCUGUCCCAAGCCACCCCCUCCUGAAGGUGCCAAGUCUAACCCUUCAAAAAGACACCGGGACCGUCUGAAUCAGGAACUCAAUAGACUGACCAACUUGUUGCCCUUUCCUGAGGAUGUCCGGGCCCGGUUGGACAAACUCUCCAUCCUCAGGCUGGCUGUGGGUUACCUGAAGGUAAAGAGUUACUUCACAGGUAAGAUACCUGGGGAAUAUGGAAAUAUUGCAGACCAGCCCAAAGAGCACUCUGCAAAUUCAGGAGGAAAUGACAAGAUGCCUCCCCACAUCGACAGGGAUGUCUUUUCUGAAGGGGACUUGCUUCUUCAGGCUCUCCAUGGUUUUCUAAUUGCAGUCACUGCAGAUGGAUAUAUCUUCUAUGUCUCCUCUACCGUGCAGGAUCAUCUAGGAUUUCAUCAGUCAGACAUUAUUUAUCAGAGCAUAUUUGAGCUGAUCCACACCGAUGACAGGGCCGUAUUCCAUCACCAGCUGCACUGGUCCCUGAAGCCCACGUCAUUCAGGGAAGUAGAGCAAGACUCCAGAUCUCUGCCUGAGAAUGAAAGCCCUCUGAACAGUGGUACCACCACCUAUGACCCUCAGCACCUGCCACCAGAGAAUUCUUCCUUUCUAGAGAGAAGCUUUGUUUGCCGAUUGCGCUGUUUGCUGGACAACUCUUCAGGGUUCAUGGCUUUGAAUUUCCAUGGUCGGCUGAAAUUCCUCCAUGGGCAGAAUAAAAGAGCUGAAGAUGGAUCCCUCAUGCCACCUCAGUUGGCUCUGUUUGCUAUAGCAAUGCCCCUCCAGCCUCUCUCCAUCCAGAAACUCCAGACCAAGAUAUACUUUUUUCAGACCAAACAUAAGCUGGACUUCACACCAAUGGCUUGUGAUGCUAGAGGGAAGGCACUUCUGGGUUACACAGAAAGUGAGUUGUACAGGACAGGCUCUGGAUACCAGCUCAUCCAUGCAGGAGACAUGAUGUAUUGUGCUGAAAAGCAUGUAAAAAUUAUGAAGAUAGGUGAGAGUGGAAUGGUCAUCUUCAGGCUGCUCACCAAGAAGGCUGGCUGGCUGUGGAUCCAGUCCAAUGCCAGGCUCGUGUAUAAAGGAGGUCGACCAGACUGCAUCAUUGCUCGGCAGAGAGUGCUCUCGAAUGAAGAAGGAGAGGAACAUCUGCAUAAGAGGGCCUCCUCGACCUUUAAUUUUACCACAGGAGAAGCUAUUUUAUAUGAGAACAACUUGCCAGGCUUCCUCAACUCUCUCCAUCCCAGGAAGGAGUUCAGGGCAAAGAAAGAAGUCAACCCCAAUUUACAUUUGGGGGCCAUGAUGCAUCAUGAUGAAUCUGUGUAUGUUUCCCAGGCUAUCUCUGUGCCCUCAUUCUCCUUUACAGAUGUUAUGCAAGCCUCCAGGGAAUGGGAUUCCAGUGACAAGAAAGAGAAGCUCAUCAAAGAUGACAGUGAUUCCCUUUUGACCAUCAUUGAGACAUUAUUUGAGAAAAAUGAGACUGGGAAUGACAUCUACAAAAGUACCCCAAAUUUGGAUGCUGAGGACCUCAAAUUUCGGAGACGGGAGGAGAGCAUGUUCCUGAUGAACCAACUGGGAUCUUCAAGCUUCCAGGGAAGACUUGAGCAGGGAACGUCCUCCAUCAGGGAUGAGGUGAUAAUCCCACCAGAGAAUGGAAAGUAUAUGGACUUCUCAACACUGAACAUCACAAUGUCUUUACAGUCCCUAAGCCUCUGCUGCCGCGCCCUGCUGGUGUGGUUUGACCUGGGCACUGAAAGUCCAGCCAGUGGAGGAGAAGCUCUGGCAGAUGCUCCCAAGCCCAGCAGCCUUUGA